GAGAGAGAGAGAGAGAGAGAGAGAGAGAAAGAGAGAGAGAGUCGAAAGUGCAGAAAUAUUACAUGUUCGUUGAAUUCUAAUGACAGUACAUGGCGAUUCGUCGACGACCACGAAGCAACGGAUCACCUCGGCCACAUAAGCCGAUUUCGUGUAGCGUGAUGUCUCGCGACAGCGAGUACGAGCCGAUCGUUAGUUGACGGUCGGCGGUGUACGAGACGAAAUGAGAUUUACCAAGUAACUAUGUAAACCAGAAGUGAGAGAGACGUGUCGACCCAUUAUAGAUUCAAGCACAAUAAAGACUAGUAGGGCCAGGCACAAUAAAAUUCGGCCGUCACGUUGUAGGCAGCGAUCUGUUAGAGCGACAAGUCGUAUAAGUAUCUAUAUAGCGAGACUAUUAAAUAAACACAUAUUGUCUAUUGUCCGACGAGUGUAUUUAUUGUUGACACGCUGAUCGUUCCCUUCUGCAAGAGCGCUAUCGGAUAUUGGAUUAAAUAAACAUCUUACGAAGGAAAGGUACACGUGAGUUAUUUAUUAACGUACGAGUCGAUUGUCUCUCUUAGAACUUUUCAGUCUCUAUCCGCGUGAGGAAAAAAGAUCCGUUGUAUAUUUACUAAAUAAGAGAGUUGAUAACUGUCGGGGAAAGUGACUCGUUCUCGUUAUAAGGACGAAUCCAAACGGCAAGCACCGCUCGAUACUGAGGUACCGAUAUUCAGCCGGAAAGAAAGAUGUCGUCGCCGAAAAGUGUCAAAAGAUCGAAAAAGGAGAUCGCCAAAUGCAAAAAAUCGUCGCUGGAUAUGUUUAACGAGGUCUUGAUGGAGGAAAUGCUGAACAAGUACGAAAGUCUCGUCAAGAAUCUGUCAUCGAGGAAUAUAUAUUGCGAGAUAAUACCGAAGCAGUACCAGCGUAUGGACAGCGACGAACUUUUCGGUGAGGCCUUCAGCGAAACUUCUGGUGUGACUUUCAGCAAAGUUUUCAGCAGUGCUUAUAAGAAUCACAUGAUACUUACAGACAUGGAAUCUUAUAUUAACUGCGAGGAAUAUAACUUUGACGCGGUUUUUGAUACAUUAUGUCAUUAUAAUCUGGCAUUACCCUGGAUACUUCCACAGGCCGCAGAUCAGCGGAACAAAGUGAAUAUUAAAGAUGCAAAGUGUCAGUUUCAAAAUCUACAAACAUGCAAGCAACAUGAUAAAGUUCUAUCGAUGAGCAAUUUUCGCUGGCACCAAACAAAUAUAGAAUAUUUACACUGGAAAUAUUCGGCGGUUAAAUAUGAGAUGAUAUUAUUAAAGAAAAUGUCGGUAGAUGAAAAGAUAAAGUAUCGGAAGACGGAACUGGUGACUAAGAUUAAAUACAUUCAUAUUCUAAAAAAUUUGAUAGUUCAUAGAAAUAUUGAAGCGAAGAGAGAAAGGACAGAAACAUAUUUAUCUUGUGGGAGACAGAUCGGUAUUAAACUUACAAAACUGAGAAAUGAGGUACAAUCUUUGAGAAAAGCACUACUAGAUGAUGAAGAUGGUGAAAAAAGCUCGGAAUCGAAGCACUCAAAGGAUACCUGGAUUGUUAAAAGUAUAGAUUGGAGAGUGGAAACAGAAGGGAUGGCAGAGCUGGCGCGCUUAAAACUCUUUAUUGAGAAAUAUAAACGAGAAAUCCAAAUUCUGCAAUUUAAGAUAAAUCAGUUGUGCGAGAAUAUUGAUGAAAACGUGCGUGAGAAAAAAGGGAAUUUCCCGAGAUGUCAAGCUAUGAUAAUUAAACAACUGGAUGUUGUGAAAUUGCUAAAUAUAAUGAAAGAUGACCAUAUGAUAGAAAAAAUAUUCUCGAAAAUGUUCAAUCCCACAUUGUUACUUAUCAACCCAAUCACAAAUGCUAUGUCAAAUCUACACAAUUGUAUAAGACAAAUCAAUGCUACCGGAAUCAUCAAGAAACAAAAAGAGAUGCAGGAACAAGAUUGCAAGAUCGAUCAACUGGAGAUGAAAAUUAUUAGACACAUUAUUGGUGGCCCAACAAUCGCGAGCAUUGUUCAAAAUGAAGAGACGAAUUCAACUCAUUCCAACGCGACAAUAAACGAUACAAAUUCAAAUGAACAAGGCCCAUUACACGACUCAAAAUAUCAGAAGAAUAUUAAAAGAGAGAAUGGAAAAAAGAACGUGUAUAAGGAAGAAUUCAGAAAUAUCUUGAUGCAAUGUGUGGAAGAGUAUCAACAAAAUGAAAAGUUAAAGAAACAAAAUGCUGAAUGGAAGACACAGGUAACAAAGUUGCGUGAAGCCAGAAGUGAAUUUUUGAAGAGAGGACUGGAUGAAGAGGAUGUCACAAAGUACGAGACAACCCUCAAUAUGCUGACAAGUGACAUGCUGAAGCUGAAGACUUAUGAUAAAUAUAAAAAUAAACGGGAACGGUUGGGAAAGGCGUCGCACCAAAUAAUAACAUUGCUGAACAAAUUAAUGCUGGAUCGCUUAGCAGUCGAGGAGAACUUAAACAACUUAAACAACACCGCAACAAAUCCUAGGUCGCUGCAUGACUGGUCGAUUAACAAAUCGGUUCAACAGUGCGACAAUUGCAAACUGAACUUUUUGAAGAUAGCAGAUUGCGCCAAGUAUCUCACACAGAUACUCUACGAUGAAAAUUUCAUCAGGUUUUAUAUAUUGACAACCGUGAUACAGCAGUUAACCGCUAUUUUAUGUAUGAUGAACAAGUCUCUACGUACAGAAAACAUGUCUCCGAAAAACCAAUUGUUGUGCAAAAAACUAAAACGCCGAUUAACUGUGAUGAAAAAUCAACUGCGAGAAAGAAUCAAAGUGAAAAGAGAUGUGAUUAACUUUACAUCGGCAGGAGAUUCUAAUGUACCGAGUUCUGAAGCAAACAUUUUGUCACCAAACCGAAACGAGAAAGCCGAUAAGGAGAAUUAUAAUGACAACAAUCCCGAUAGUUCCACCGUCAGCCAUAGCGACUCACUAGACGAUAAGAACAUAUCGAAAGAACGCUCAAAUAUUGACGUCAAUCAAACGCCAACCAACGUUUUGUUUGAACAAGAGCAAGAAAUGACAGAAAACAGCAGUAGUAAUCCGCUACAGCAGACUUGCGAAUAAUCAAAAUUCGGAAUUAUUCUCUUUCUCUGUGUUGAAAUAUAAUAUGUCUGUUUUUCGACAGAAAUUGGAGAAGAGUACUUGAAACCCGCAUGCAAUAAUACCGGGAUGUCUCAUUGGUAUUAAAAACAUAUAAUUUGAAAUAUACGACAGACAUAUAUUGUAUUUAUCGAAACUUUACCAUGUCAAGUAAACUCAUUUUAUAAUA